UUGCGGCGCGAAGUGGUGCUAAGCCAUCACCCCAUGACUGCGCUAGAUAGCUACAAGUAGUUCCAGAAAAGUGUGGGAAGGUGACUGACAGCGAGCACUGACAAACCAUGACAGCAAGUAUGGGUUCCUCGUGGACUUCAUCCUUAAUUUCUGCCCUGGCGGAUGAGCUUAUUCUUGACCGUGAUCCACGCACCGCCGACUGGGUUCUGCCUGGAAACAGAGCUUUUCUUUUAUCGCUGUUCAUGGCCUACGUGUAUGUGGUUAAAGUACGAGGGCCGCACUUCAUGAAGGACCGGAAACCGUUUGAUGGCAUCAAGCCGGUAGUCAUCGUCUACAACGCCUGCAUGGUGGUUUUGAACGCCUAUUUUAUGAGUGCCUUUCUCUCGAGAACCUACAUGAGUGGCGGCUACAGCUUGUUCUGUCAGGGUAUCGACUACGAGGCACGUGACGAGAUAACCAUGAGCCUUCUCAACUUGUGCUGGUGGUACAUGUUGGUGAGGAUUGCUGACUUCUUGGACACGCUGUUUUUUGUACUGCGGAAAAAGGACUCUCACGUAUCAUUCUUGGACGUGGCCCACCACAUCCUCGUUGUGUUCAACGGCUGCUACGGCCUCGGCUACGGUCCGGACGGCCAAGCUGCACUUACCCUCAUACUCAACUGCUUCGUGCACAUCAUCAUGUACACCUACUACUUUCUUUCCCUGUUGGGACCCGCUGUGCAGAACCUCUGGUGGAAGCGGUACCUGACCCAGGUGCAGCUUGUUCAGUUCUGCAUCAUUUUUGUUCACAUGCUGUUGCCGAUGUUCUACAACUGCGGUUACCCGAGGCCGCACAUCUACAUCAUGCUGUGCGAGGCAGUGUUCUUCUUCACUAUGUUCAUGCGUUUUUACUUCAAGGCCUACCGGGAGAGGAACAGCAGACCAGCCGAGAAGAGCGAUAGCGGCAAGAACAAGGUUCACUGAAUAUGCUACCUUAGUUGACUACGCGACGAGUGCUGGAACUAUAGCAGUAUCACGGUCGCUACUCUAUAGUCGAUGCGCACCCAUUUAGACAGCGAAGGAGGCUGGAAAGCACAAAUGAAUAGGUUUUUUCAGCAGAAUUUUCCCUCAACAUCACGUCUAUUAGAUCGCUCGUUGCGGCGAAAGUGGAAUGAUAGGAAGAAAGUACCUGUGAUGUGGACAAGGUCAUGGGAUAUCUGACGGACACUGAUAUGUUUCGCACUAAACCAGGUUGGGAUUGAAAACGAAGGCUUUAUUUCACUGUGUAAUUACAUGAGGACAACUUCAUCGUCUAUGCUUCAAUAGCACGAUGCAUUUCAAGUACUGGUCUGUCCGAAACGGAAUCAAACAUUUUGCAAUGAGAGGGCUGGCUACGAAUAGGGACCUGUAUGCAACGUGUUUUAAAGGAACACUAACACAAAUAUUCGAAAGGGAGAUAAUGAGGGAUAUAGAUUUAUGUGCAGAACUCCUGACGAAUGGCAAUAUAUCAAGAAAAUAUAUACCCUAGAACACAUGCAUCAUAAAUGUUUGUGUGCAAGCUGCGUGACUGAAUGAGAUGUGCAGCACGCUGCGACGCCUAUAUCAGUCGUUUGGCAAUGAAAACAGAAUAAGCCACGUGUUUGUGUCGGCUGGUUGCCGGCACGUGCCUUGUGCUUCCACUGCCUGCUAUUUCUUCUUCUGUGGCUGCGCAUUUGCGUGUGCUGAAGUGCGGCACCCGGUCGAGCAUGCUCUCCUACGUGGCCCUUACGUCACAGUUUGACGUGGUGACGUGGCCAGCGGUGUUUACCUUGCCACCAGAACUGCUCCGGCAUAGCUUCACUGCCCUUCGAAAUUGAAACUUCGACUGGACUCUCUUAAAGCAUUUAUAGGCUCAAAACCAUUGCGCACUCGCACGAACGAGGUUUCCAGCCGUGAUGAGUUCGUUAUAAGCUACCGAUGGCAAAAAAAGUUGUGACACUUUUAUGCUAGUGUUCUUUCAUACAUUAUUCUUUCAACAUUAACCGAGGCCAGCCCACUUUGUUUUUGGCUGUGGUCUCUUACCAGAGAAGAUUAGGGCAGGUGGAACGCACCAUAAAAUAAAGAAUCAGAAUUUUAUUACAAAAUGUACCUUCAGCUGUGAAGAUCAGGCGAUAAAACUGCCAGACAGCUUCUGAUGACGUCAUUAUCAAAUCCUAGAAACUAUGGGGUUUUUGAGUGAUCUUAUGCGACUCGUGAUCACUGCUUCAACAUCAUGCAGGCCUUAAGCACACAGAACAUGUUGGCUAGUGAUUUUACGGGGAAUUGAGUGAGUAGUGUUGCAAACCAACAAUAAUUCACGCGCACGACAUUGUCGACAACGCCUGCGAUCAUGCGAAAGUCACAGAUAACAUUUUAUUUUGUUUGCCGCCUGUUUGCGCUUACCUGCCAUUAACGACAAUAAAACAUUUUUGUCUUGUUGCCA